AUGCCCCCUUGCGCCAAGUUCCUUGCACCGGUCGCCUCUCGCUCCGAGCUGUCUUCACGCGCACCUGCCAACCUGCUCGUACUGCUCACAAGCUGUACCGCCAAUAAGCUGUACCGCCAUACUGUACUGCCGCAGGCCAAGGACUACAAGUACGUCGGCUCCCAGAAGCAGAACGGCGGCAUCGUCAUCCGAGACAUGGAGGCGGCCGCCGCCUCUGGCGCCGGCGCCCCUGCCGUCGAGGCCAAGGAGGGAGACAAGCAGAUGGAGGCGGAUGAGGAUCUGGCCCGCCAGCUGCAGGCCAAGAUGGACGCAGAGAUGCGGGCCAAGCGCCCCGGCGCGCCCAAGGGCAACAAAGGUGCGCAGGCCUACAUGCGCGUGUCUGAGUCUGAGAUCGCUGAUGACUACCCCGCCCCCCAGGCGUACCGCAAGGAGGACGAGGAGACCGACGAACUGAUCCUGAUGGACGAUGAGUGCGCUGACGUGGACCCCGAGUACCUGCCCCGCAGGCUGCUCACCGACUUCUCCAUCUACAAUGCAGAGGGCAUGUUUGGGUCCCUGGAGCUGCUGCCCAUGUGGAGCGGCGUGGACCCGGAUGUCGAGCUGUACGCCUCGGGGCUGGUGGUGGAUGAUGAGGGCGACUUCUCCGGCGGCCAGGCCCUGAACGACGACGGCGCGGGCGGCAGCGGCUCCGGUGCAGGCGGCAGCAGCUCCGGCGCGGGCGGCUCUGGCGUGGGCCCCGCCGAGCCAGCCGGCAUGCGCAUGUACCUGAGCCAGAUCCGGGAGUGGGUGGUGGACUUUGGCGCGGACAUGCUGUUCAUCUCCAUCCGCACUGACGUGGCGUGGUACCGCCUGUCCGUGCCCGCCGCCAAGUACGCACCCUGGUUUGGCGUGGUGCUCAAGUGCGCCCGCCUGGCGGUCAAGGUGCUGCAGCUGCUCAGCCUGGAGGCCCGCGCCUCCAAGCUCAGCUUCAACGACAUUGUGAAGCGGCUGGCAGCCCAGGACGAGACGGAGACCACCUUCGUUUCCAAGAAGGUGGAUGCUGUGGAGCGCUUUGUGGUGGCCCACGGCCAGAUCAUCAUCAACCAGUUCCAAAACUACCCUGUCAAGGAGGUGCAGAAGAGCGCGUUUGUGUCGACGCUGCGCGAGCGCAUGGCGCAGCUGCGCCACUGCAAGCUGUACAAGGCGGGCAAGAAGGAGGUGGUGCGGGGGCAGCGCGUCAACCGCAACCCCAUGGGAUCCAACCAGCUGCACGACGUGGCCCGCUCCAACAAGCCCAUGACCGCCACCGCCACCGUCAUGGUCAAGAAUGUGUGGCAGGCGUACUUCCGAGGCGCCAAGCCGGAGGGCGAGGGCGAGGAGGGCGGCGCAGAGGGCGAGGCCGCCAAGGAGGUGGAGGAGGAUGAGAACGAGGAGGAGGCGGAGGACGAUGUGGCGGAGGAUGCGCUGGCGCAGGGUGCCGCCAAGAAGGCCGGCGCGGCGGCCGCCAAGAAGAAGAAGGCUGCCAAGGGCGCCUGGGUGGGCGCAGUGGCCAGGACCGAGGACGGCGACAAGUUCUACAGCAAGGCCAAGGUGGGCGAGGUGCAGGUGGCGCUGGGCGACGCCGUGCUGCUGGCUGCCGAGGAGGACGACGAGGGGGCCCCGCUGGCGCUGGUGCAGGCCAUGUGGCAGACCGCGGACGGCUCCAAGGAGGUGCAGGUGCGGCUGCUGGCCCGCGGCGAGGAGACUGUGCUGGGCGACGCCGCCUCCGACUCCGAAGUCUUCCUGACCACCGAGCUGGAGACGCGCGAGCUGACCAGCAUUGUGGAGAAGGCGAGCGUGAGCAAGCUGGAGCGGGUGUGGGACGCCUCCAAGCGCCGGGAGCAGUUCCAGCAGGACCAGGAGCUGCGCCAGCGCAACGAGGAGGCUGCCAAGGAGGGCCGCCCGCUGGAGCUGUUCUGGCGGCGGCAGUAUGCGCCGCAUGAGGGCAUGUUCUGUGACCCACCUGCUGACCUGCAGCUGGGCACCCGCCUGCCUGAGGACGACGGCAAGCCCGCCAAGGGCCUCAAGGUGCUGGCCGGCGGCAAGGGCUUUGUCAAGGAUGGCGUGGAGUACAGGGAGGGCGACUUCCUGUUUGUGGGCCCCACCGUGUUUGACCAGCUGGAGGAUGCGCAGCAGGAUGGCAGCCAUGUCGGCCUCCGCGCCUGGGGCAUCGCCCAGCUGGUGCGCCUGGGCAAGGUGGAGAAGGCGGAGGGCAAGGGCAAGGCAGCCAAGGGCAAGGGCAAGAAGGGGGAGGAUGACUGGGAGGACAGCGAGGAGGCGGGCAGCAAUAAGGGCGGCGGCAAGGGCCGCGGCGCCGCCGCCGCGGGCGACAAGGUGUCCGCCCUCACCGUGCGCCGCUACUACCGACCCGAGGACAUCUCUCGCGAGCAGGCCUACAAGGCCGCCUCCUUCUAUGAGGUCUACGCCUCGGAGGAGGAGGUGACGGUGAGCGUGGACGAUGUGGUGGGGCGGUGCCGCGUGGUGCCCAAGGGCUACCCCACCAGCAUCGACACCUUUGAGUGCGCCGCCACCUUCACCCGCAAGGGCAAGAAGUUUGGGCCCGCCCCGCAGCUGGCCAUCCCAGAGGACCUCCAGGACUUUGAUCCCAUGGAGGAGGAGGAGGAGAAGGCGGCUGCCGUGGCACCGCGCGCCGACAAGGGCAAGGGCAAGGUGGGCGAGGAGGCGGAGCCUGCGGCCGCCGCCGAGCAGGGCAAGGCCGUGGCGGGCGCGGGCGCGUUCCCCGGCGACGACGGCAUCGCCCUCGCCACCAUGGACAUAUUUGCGGGCUGCGGUGGGCUGUCAGAGGGCAUGCACCAGGCCGGCGCCGCCGUGAGCAAGUGGGGCAUCGAAUACGAGCGCCCCGCCGCCGCCGCCUUUGAGGUGAACAACCCGCAGGCCGCCGUGUUCUGCAACAACUGCAACGUGCUGCUGCACGCCGCCAUGACCAAGGCGGGGCUGGAGGAUGACUGCGAUGCCUGCGACGACGCCAAGGAGGGCACUGCCAACCUGCCCUCGGAGCAGAUGGCGGCGCUGCCGCUGCCGGGCGAGGUGGACUUCAUCUGCGGCGGCCCGCCCUGCCAGGGCUACAGCGGCAUGAACCGCUUCAACAAAGGUAACUGGUCCAUGGUUCAGAACUCCAUGGUUAUGGCCUUCCUGUCGCCCCGCUACUUCCUGCUGGAGAAUGUGCGCAACUUUGUGUCUCACAACAAGUCCUUCACCUUCCGCCUCACCGUGCGAUCGCUGCUGGACAUGGGCUACCAGGUUCGCUUUGGCGUGCUCAAUGCCGGCAACUUUGGGGUGGCGCAGUCGCGCAAGCGCACCUUCAUCUGGGCGGCGGCGCCCGGCGAGCUGCUGCCCGACUGGCCCAAGCUGAUGCACUGCUUCCGCACGCCCCAGCUGACCAUCAACCUGCCCGGCGGCGUGCAGUACCGCGCGGUACCGCAGACGGUGGGCGCCCCGCUGCGCCCCGUCACCGUGCGGGACGCCAUCGCAGACCUGCCUGAGAUUGAGAACGGGCACAUGGUGGAGGAGAUGGAGUAUGUGGGGGGCCCGGUGUCUGCUUUCCAGCAGCACGUGCGCGGCGACUGCACCCAGCUGACCGACCACAUCUCCAAGCAGAUGAACGAGCUCAACCUGGAGCGCUGCAGGUGCAUUCCCAAGAACUGCCCGGGUGCUGACUGGCGGGUGCUGGAGGAGAUUGUGAAGGCCGACCCCGGCCGGGAGAAGUUCAAGGGCCAGCCCCUGGUGCCCUGGUGCCUGCCCAACACGGCCGACCGCCACAACGGCUGGCGCGGCCUGUUUGGCCGCCUGGACUGGAACGGUCACUUCCCCACCUCCACCACCGACCCUCAGCCCAUGGGCAAGGUGGGGCAGGUGUUCCAUCCCGAGCAGGACCGCAUCGUGUCUGUGCGCGAGUGCGCCCGCGCCCAGGGCUUCCCAGACAAGCACCGCUUUGUGGGCACCGUGCACAACAAGCACCGGCAGGUUGGGAAUGCGGUGCCGCCGCCGCUGGCCGCCGCGCUGGGCCGCCAGCUGCGCAAGGCGCUGGAGGCCAAGGCGGAGGCGGAGCGCCAGAAGGCGCUGGCGGCGUGA